ACCUCCUCGUCUUUGUCUUUUUUCAGCUGACAAACAGGCUUUGCUCUCCAAAAAUUGAUUGUACUGAGAGCUGAAAGCACACACACACUCACACACACGUGAGGGGGACACUCUGGGAGCAGUCAAGAGGAUUUUCACACAGUUGUCUAAAUGUUCACCUGAUGGAGUCGUCAGAGUUCUCUCUGCUCUCGUCCUUGAGGGGCGAGCCGAGAACAGAUGAUUACAUCAAGCCCCAUUAUAAGGAGUCGUACCGCCUGGCCAUUGAUUGUCUGGUGAAAAAUGGCAGAGACAGCUACCAGGAGUUUCUCAAGGGCGAACGAAUCGGGAGCUUUCUUUCAGAGGAGGAACUUCUCUUUAUCGCUGCAAAUGUCGAACAGCUUCCACCUCAAAAUCACAUCGAGGAAACGAAUGGUCCACCAGACAAUGAAUCUUCCUCGGGGACGUACUGGCCCGUCCACUCAGAUGUUGUCACGCCAGAUUUGGAUUUAGGAUGGCCAGACGUCAUGCACGAACUGCUCCAGACGAAUAUAGACCUGCUCUUUCAUCCGCCGAGACCAAACAACCCAACCAUCAAAGAAGUGGUCCGGAAAAAAAUUCAGGAAGCAAGACAGGUCAUUGCAAUCGUUAUGGACAAGUUCACCGAUGUAGAUAUAUUCAAGGAAACUGUAGAAGCUUCUAUACGAGGAGUUCCUGUGUACAUUCUUUUGGAUGAUUAUCAUUUGAAAAGUUUCCUCACAAUGGCCGAAAAUCAAGACGUCAAACUCCAGCAACUCAGAAACAUGAGGGUGCGCACCGUGAAGGGUCAGGAUUACCUCUGUCGAUCAGGGGCUAAAUUUCAUGGGGCAAUGGAGCAAAAGUUUAUUCUGGUUGACUGCCACACAGCAAUCUAUGGCUCCUACAGCUUCGCUUGGUCAUUUGAGAAGAUCAAUCUGAGUAUGGUUCAAGUCAUCUCAGGCCAUCUGGUGAAGUCGUACGAUGAGGAGUUUCGAACACUCUACGCCAGGUCGGCUGUGCCAGCUGAACUAUGUCCAGCCGACGUGUUCCAGACUCAAAAGUCUCAUUCCGCCCAAAAAAUAGAUCGUAGGGAUCAGCUGAGGCACACACUGGACACCGUCUACCGGAGAACUUGUGAGAGGAGACUGAGCGCAAGAGACAUCAACGAGAGGCUCCUGGAGGAAGACAGCAGCACCCUGGGAGUCUUCGACAAUGGCAUCGCUGUUGAGAAUCAAAUGCCACACUAUCAAACCGCCGAGGGAUUGAACUUCCUGAAAAGACACAGCUAUGCUGGGGAGAGACAAGACGGGUGCAUCCCACAGAACAUCAGGCCAAGAGCGAGCAACUGGAAUCUCCACAGAGAAACAGCAAAUGGACCAAACAACUACUCUACGGAUAACUAUUUGCAAGUGCCGCAGCUUUACCGAGGUCAAAACAUGCGUCAGUCCUACAACGGCAACGACAAGCAGAUUCUGUCCAUGCAACAAAACAUGCCGACAUUGGAGAAAACUUCCAAGUCCUUCAUGCGCUCAAUGAGGAUUGAAUCUUACCUAAACAAUCCUGACACCCCUUUUGCAGAGUCCUGCGAGUAUUUGGAACAGUUUGAACCCCAGGACAAGGCGAACUCGUUCAUGCAAGGGAGAAUGAGGACCUCUCUUGUUUUCAGGUCCACUAUACCAGAGCAGAUGGAGCCAAACAGACACAACAACACCUCUGCUGGUAUCGGCCACUCGGUGCCAUUGAAUAACCCGGUGCACUACUCCUCAAUGCAGUGGAAUCCAUCAAAGUCAGCUGAUAACAGAAUGAAUAAUGACGACUACAUGUUAGGGAGGCAGAGCUUGCAGAACCUGGAUGACUUUCACAGUAAUACACACUAUGCUCCUGGGAGAAACUCCUAUCAGUCGACUUAUGCCAGCCUAGGCAGACCUAAAGGUGGACACAUGAUUACAAACCCUGACAUGCUGUCAGACAGCUGGCAGAAAAGGCACAGUGUGGCAGACCCAAAAUCAAAAACCGAGUACCCAUAUGACUCCCCAGGCCACAUGUAUGGCGCCUAUACGAGGACACAAGGUAACAGGAGCACUGCAGCGAUAAAUGCACAGAACGGAAGCUACACGCCAAAUCUGGGCGAAGAUCACAGGUCCGUCUCCCAUUAUGACGUCAACAGCAUCGCAAGCUCAAAGAGCUCCGGCAGCCACAUUUGGCAGGAACCGCCUUGCAGGACCGUGUCCGCGGCAGCACUGGAUGUUAACAGAAAGGAUUUGAGCAAUAAAUCUGGCAACAUGGACUCUCAUCAGUUUUUGAGCAAGAGUUCCAAGAAAAUAAAAUCUCUAUUACACUUACCGAGCAAAAAAGAGAACUCAAUCAGAGGCAUGGAAACAUUAAGUCUCAAGUCGGGCGACAGUACGGACACCAUCACCGCCGAAGAUGAAGCGAAGACAUCCUGCGUGGGCAGAAAGCCUCACCUGAGCACCGCCCAUCCAGCCAGGCACCCUCCAGUGAGCCACCAGAGCAGUUCGGAGGACGAGCAGUUCAAAUCUUCAAAACCGCGAUUCAGAAUGGAGGAACCACAGAAUCCACUGCAUGGCUCGCUUUCCACAGCUUCAACACAGAAGAAAAGUUUGAGGCCCGGACUUGAAAUAGGCAGCUGGAGCAAAGAGCGGGGAGCCGAGACCCGCCUCUACAGCAGAUUUGAGCCUUUCUGCUCACUGGACAAGAAAAACUCAAGCACUGCGCACACCUUUGGAAGCACACGCUCCCACGAGAAAACUACAGGCCUUUUUAAAGGCGAGGCAGCUUUUGAGCACAGUUUCACCCGAGGAGUACGAGGGCACCACGAAAAUAAGUUGGAGAAAUUCUUUCACAGAGUGGGAAAUCUCAUAAACAAGAACAAGUAGAGACAAGUACUUUUACAAAGCUCACAGGGAGCUGAUCACAGAGGCACGUCCGACUGUCGAGGAUUGUCUUUGUUCAGGUAUUUUUUGGAGAAUGUAUAUAUAGUAAACAGUGUUUACAGUUCAUCCUCAGCCAAUUUGAUUGUGUUCAGAUGUAUGGGUGUGUGCUGCUGAAACGAUUUCAGUUAAAGGAGGCCUGCCGCUGGGACCACAGUCAUGAUUUCAAACAAUGUCACCAUCCAACGCUCAAGAAGCAUCAUCUGACAGUCUUUCACAGUUUGUCUGUGCAAUUGCAGCUGUGUACAUAUACCGAUGUGCUCUUACUGCCGUUGGAACAUCAUUCUGCAUAAUGCUGACAGGAGGGCAGGACGAUGGCAUCAGAAACAAUCUCAGCAUGCAAAACAACAACUACCUACAUUGUCAAAUUAAAGUAAUUUACCUGCCAGAUGAGUUUUGUGAAUACACUGGGUGUUGCAAUACGUGUUCCUUUAUUUGUUGUGGUUUUGUGCUUUUUUUUUUAACAUAUAAUUUGGAUCGAGUCUCAGGAUAAAAGACUCACUUUUGAUCAAGUCCCUCAUCAAUAGGAUCUAAUCCAUGUUUUGUUUUUUGUUUUUUACUUUUUAUGGUAAAAAUGUUCUGAAGCUAAAAAUUGAAAGGAUUUGCACUGAAGGUGAAUUGAAAAAUGAAAACUCUGUACAUGUGCCCUUCCACUUCUACUCAGGGAUGAUUUCCUCUGACAGAGUUCUUCCCACAGCAACCCUGUUUCCAGACAGUCCGGUCAAAUAUCAAUAAAACG